AUGAAGGCAAAUGCCCAUGAGGUCGAAGCACUCCUCAAAGGCAUAAUCACCAAGAGGGAGAGGGCAAUGAAGGACGGCCAUGCCAACAACGACGAUCUACUAGGCGUGAUGAUGGAGGCCAACAUAAAUAUAAGCCAAGAAGCUGGAAGCUCCAAGCCAACGAUGACCACCGAGGACAUAGUAGGGGAGCUGAAGCUCUUCUAUUUUGCGGGCAUGGAGACAACCGCGGUGCUGCUCACAUGGGCAAUGGUCUUGAUAAGCCUUCAUCACGAGUGGCAGGACCGCGCCAGGGAGGAGGUUCUGCAUGUCUUGGGAAAGAACCAACCGGAUUCUGAGGGCAUAAACAAGCUGAAAGUGGUGACAAUGAUACUGCAUGAGGUUCUUAGGUUGUACCCACCAAUUCCACUACAUGGUCAGGAGGCGUAUAAAGAGACGAAGCUGGGAGGCAUCACAUAUCCAGCUGGGGUAACAUUUGCGCUGCCAAUUGUGUGCAUUCACCAGGAUCCAGAUGUGUGGGGAGAAGAUGUCGAUGAAUUUAAGCCUGAGAGGUUUGCGGAGGGUAUCGCUGGCGCAUCGAAAAACUCGCCAACGUUAUUUCCGUUCGGCUGGGGACCACAGAUUUGCGUCUGGCAGAACUUUGCAUUGCUGGAGGCCAAGAUGGGAUUGAGUGUGAUCCUACAACACUUUAUCUUUGAGCUCUCACCAUCUUACACGCAUGCGCCUUACCCAGUCUCGAGUCUACAGCUCCAACACGGUUCACAGAUUAAGCUCAUGAAACUCUAA